AACGUGCUAUUUCGCCUUUGGCGAAGUGUCAGUGUUCUCAAGGUGUUGUUGAUAUCAAAGUCGAAGCGGAAAAGUUAGAGAAAUGUGUAUCUUUUUCAAAACGGAUAAUUUCCAGCUGACAUUUAUUGCUGUAUACAUCAUACGUGAUAGUGAGCACAAUGCGAUGCCGCAAAUAACAACAUUUCUGCCGAUUUUCUUAACACAGCUGAUACUUGUGCGGAUAACGCACGCCACGUGCACACAUCUUCCAUCGGGACGAUGUUUUGUCGACUGUACAGACGAUGUGUAUAAAGUCGUCUGUGAGAGCAUCGACGGCAAUCAGCUGCAGUAUGAUCUGCAGACGUUUGCUGGUUUAAAUACGUCCUUCGAGCUGCAUAUCUGGAAUUCACCGGGUAUUGGACGUUUAGGCGCCACCAGCUUCGCCGAUGUACACGAUCAAAUUGCUGUACUAGAACUGCAGAAUCUAGAGAAUUUGGAGUUGUUUCCGGAAGUGGCUGCUCUGAUAUCGCUCAAGGAUCUGACGAUAGGGAACUCACCGAAAGUCAGACAAUUUCCCAUCGAAUUAAUUCCUCUUAGCGUGGAGUCCUUGAACUUCCAUGCAACCGGCAUCGAACUCUUCUACGCAGACUAUACUAGCGGCAAACUCCUUCCAAAAGUCAGAUACUUCCGGAUUCACCAACAAGCCUUGACUUGUUCGGACCAGUUCUUUCUAACUUUUCCCAAUUUGGAAAGCAUAGAAAUCAUCGAGUGCCAUAUCAACCUUGGCAAUCUGGAGGAUGCGGCAUUACCCUUCUUUACGGCAAAACCGCUCCGAAAAUUAGUCGUUACCAAUAACACCUUCUCAUCGUCGAUUGCAAAUUUCCAUCUUUAUAUUUUUGAUCAUAUUGUCAGCAGUUUGGUGGUGCAUGAGAGCAGUGAUAUCGAAAUAUCGGAGAAUGCGUUUCCUAUUGGGAAGAAAACUCUGCAGAAGUUUAAUCAACUGUCAGCUAUUAAGCGCUUAUCAUUACGCGGAAGUUACUUCGAGAAUUAUCAGACGCUGGAGAACCUAUUUAAAGGCUUCAACGAUCUAGAGUACCUGGAUCUCGGACGGACCAAUAUCCCCAUAUACAAACUCGGCAUUUUCAAUGGUUUACCCAAUUUACAAAUUUUGCGGUUGGACGGCAAUCACUUGCAAGAUAUCGAAGAACGAGAUUUCUUUCAGGGACUGCAAGCAAACAAUUUUUCGGUAUUGGAUGUAUCGAACAAUAAUCUCCAUGGACACAUAUAUGGUUUUGAAAAGUGGGGGAAGAAUUUAAUGCAUUACGAUAUGUCGGGCAACGAUGUUACAAAAUCCCUGUUUACCAAACGCGCACAGUUUUUUCCCAAACUGCGAUUUAUGAGCGAAGCUCGUAACCGACGAAUAUUUACGAAUUCAUCCAGCUUUACCGAGAUGAAGCAGCUGGACGUUCUGGACUUUAGCUGCAACCGUUUCAUGAAUAUCACCAGAGAUUUUUUCAACAGACUACCGCCUACGUUGCGGAUGUACAAUAUGUCGUUCUGCGAGCGAAAGUUAACGGACCGUGUAAUAGUGGCGGAGGAUGCGUUUGUCGGGUUUCCGACCAUCAAAGAGCUAUACUUUGACCGUGCAUUCCUGCGGACGAAUUUCUUUACGAAACUUCAGAAAAUGCCACCCGAAAGUGCGGCCGCCCUCCUGGUUCUCCAUAUGGCGUACAAUCACAUCGCCUAUCUUCACGGUAACGGCACCCACUUUAAACCCUUCAUUAAUUUGGAGUAUCUUGAUUUGGAAGCCAACCGCAUGCAGUCCACCGGGGGCGCCGCCUUUUCCCCGCUGAAGCGACUGCGGCGCCUGAACCUAGCCAAAAACGGAAUAUUCUCCAUCUCCGUGGACGAUUUCAGGGGCUUGGAUAGUCUGGAAGAUUUAGACAUUUCCGGUAACCAGUUACUGAUGAUCGCACCCGGCUCGUUCGAUAUGCUGUUGAACUUACGCGGAUUGUUUCUGCACGAUAACAGCUUCUCCCAUAAUUCCGGACCGUCGGCUGUCUUCGGCAUCGGCAGGGGUCGUAACGUAACACACCUCAGCAUCGGCAAUUUGCCGUACCGCUGUCUGGAGGCAGAGGUGUUUGUCCGGUUUCCAGGGCUGCGAUGGAUUUACCUAAACGAGUCGACUCCGCUGUUCGUGCACAUGGAUCCCGUUCUCGGUGUGCGGCAGCAGAUGAAGAAGUUCCCGUUGCAUCCCUGGGCGGAAUUAAGAAUGUGCGACAGCUUUCGCUCCAGUACUAAUGAAUACGCGGCAGAAACGUUUUUAAAGGUCCAGGCUAGUGACCCUAAACAUAUGGUGUAUCAAGAUCUCUAUAUGCUUUUCAAUCCGUGCUUUCAACGCCGGUUGAGAAGGAUUAAGGAAAAAGUGGAAAAUAUUUUGUGCCAGUAACGUGUGAUAUACCGCUGUACAAUGCCCAUAAAAAAAUCGCAAAGGCAAAUUGUACUUUGAAUGGAGACUUCUCUCGUGGGAUUCCAGAUCGCUUAAUUACCAUGUUGUGAGUAGCAACACGCUCAUGUCUAAGCUGCAGCUGACUUUAAAACUUCAGGUAGUAGCGACACAUUUACACUACAUAUCCGCUGUGCUCCUGACGGAGCACUACUACAAUUCAUUUUGUGCACUGUGUGAGCUCACGUCUGCCUCUACACGGACUCAAUCCCAAUUUUGAAUCCGCUC